AUGCCAGAACACAUACCAGCUUGGAAAAGACUUGGUCUCAAGGUAGAGAACUCCGUGACCGAGGACCCUUUGGCGAUAGCUGCUCACAUAGAGACUGCAGAUGUGACGCAGAAGAAGACAAAGGAGCUUAAGCGAAAGAGGCAGGCAAUGAAGUCUGCAUCUAUAGAUAUAAGUGAGAAAAAGCCUCCAAAGAGAGUGAAACUUCCCAAGAGCGAAAGAGCUCCUCCACCAGAGAAAGAUCAACUGGUGUAUUUAAAACAAUACAGCCAGGAUAAGAAGAACUGGAAGUUCUCUAAGCAAAAGCAAAAUUGGAUUUUAAAAAAUAUCAGACAUAUACCAGACAGUUACAUAGUUUACCUGGAGGAGUAUGUGAGUGGAAUGGUUGGUGGAUCGCGCGACCGUUUGAUCGAAUCUUUAACACAGGUUGUGAAGAACUGGAAUGAAGCUGCUGAAAAGGUGGCACUUGCACUCGAAAACCCAGACGAAAAGAACGAGACUGAGAAAGAUACGAAGGAGAAUGCACAAGAUAAAGAAAAUGAUUCGGCGGAACCUGUUGACUUUGAUUACGCUAAGAGGGCGAAAGAGCUCAUCGAGAAGAUGACUGGCGAGAAGGUGGUACUAAGCGGAGUCGAAGAAGAAGAAGAAAAGGAAGAAGAAGAAGCGGAAGAAGACAAGAAAAAAGAGCAUCAAGAUAAUGAGGGUAAAUUUACACCUUCAGAAGACUUAAAAGACGAGAUUGCGGUAGACAGAAGCAACUUGAUCAUUGACAAUGUGGAGGUUAGCGAGUACAUCGACGAGGAUGACUUCAAGGAUCCCCCAGGAGCAAGUAAGAAUGCGAACCAAGAGGAUACGAAUGCAGUUGUGACAGAGAGUAUAGGAUUGUCAGAAACAGAUACAGACAGCAAAAAGAAGGUAAAGAAGGACAAAAAGAAGAACAAAAAGAAGGAAAAGAAGGAUAAAAAGUCGAACAAAGAGAAGAAAGAUCCUGAAGCAUAA